AUGUGGCCGUCAUGCCGGCUACUGAUUUUGUCAUUCCUCUGCAUAUCGACAGCCGUGAUAGCUAGCUUUGUCAACCCGCCGGAGCGAGGGCUCGAGGGAUACUAUCGCAACAAUGGGGUGUACAAGGUCGGCGAGGUCUUUGACGUCCAAUGGGAGCCAAUGGGAGGGCAAAUAGACUUGCUUGUGGUUCCUGAACUACCAGCAGAGCCACAAAAGCUUCCUGGGGACGAAUGGGCACGAGCCUAUAUCCAAGACCACGCAGCUGUGAACCACUCUAGCUGGGUGGUUCGCUUGGACGCAUUCCCUACCAUCAAAGACUACGUUGAGCGACAAGGCGGCAUGGCGGUGCUGUAUUUUGUACUGUACAGGACGGGCGACACCAACACAGCAGCUGUUUCCAACUAUUUCAACGUAACCGCGGCACAUACCAUCUCGACAUCGACGCCAACAACAAUUACCGCUGUAGCGGGGGGUGGUACUUCGGGGUCGCCGACAUCAGCAACAGCGUCUAUUACAACUAGCCCCGGAGCAGCAGGAGGAGCAACAGCUACAACUCCGAGUACAGCGGUGAUUGCAGGUGCCAGCGUAGGGGGUACUAUAGGAGGACUGGCGAUUGUUGCUCUUCUUGUGUUUUUUGUUUGGAGGAGCCAAAAGAGAAAAGUGCGAGCCGACAGAGCCUUCUUGGCCGCAGAGGAGGAAAAGUAUAGGGCGUACCAUGCCAGUAUGCCGCUGGCGAUGGCGGCGGCUGCAGCGGUCGAGAUGCCUGGGUCGCCUGCUGUGAUUUACGAAGCACCUUGGUGA